ACUCAUUUAUGAUUUUUUAAUAUUUAUUGCUUUAGAGGAAAGAAAGUGAAAUGAAAAUAUAAACUUCUGGUUUUAGUUCACACAAUGUUUCAUUAUGAAAAUAGCGAUUGAUAUCUUUCAGUUUGAAAAAGAAAAAAUUAAUCUCUACAGUAGAAUAAAUCUAUGUAGCUAUUUUCACUGACGUUUUUGGACAUUGUACUCGGGUUGAAAAAUCAAAACAACGAAGAAGGUUAUAUAGUUUUGCAGGAAUUGAGAUGUCUGUUUUUUCUAAAGUACGAAACUUUGUCUCAAGACAUCGUGGUAAAUUCAUCGUUGGUAGUAUAUUAAUUACAAGUUCUAUUUUCCUCACAAGAUAUGCACAACAAAAACUCAAAGAUUGGCAAGAAAAGGAAAUGCUCGAAUUUUUGGAGAGAACUAGAAAGCAGCAACAUUUCGAAAAUAUCGGAAGAACCUGUAAUCAGACUACCAUGAAUCUUGCUAGUUCUUUAGUAGAAACAUUAUCCCGUGUAAUUAACACCGAUAAAACAAUAGCUGAAUUGCAAGCAAACACUAGCAAUAAAGUGAUAGUUUGGGAAACUUUGAAGAUCCAAUUAUUUUCAAAACUGUGUUGCCUGAUAUAUGCAAUGUCAAUGCUUGUGAUUAUUCUUCGAAUACAGCUGAGUAUAAUUGGUGGUUACCUCUAUAAAGAUCCAAGUUCGAUUCCUGUAGAUGUGCAAGAAAAAUAUUUGUCAUUGACACAAAAUUUGAUGAAUGAUGGAUUAAAUAAGAUGUUUUCUAAAAUAUCUAUAGUGUGUGAAAAUAUAAUAGGAAAAAUUGACUUAAAGAAAUCGAUGAGGUUAUGUGAUAUAGAUGCCGUAUUCUGGUCACUUCAAACAGCAAUAGGAGAUGGAGAAGAUAACCCAAUUGAAAAUUUUAAAGCAUAUUUAGCAUUGAAUACAGAAGAUGAUUUCAAAUCAAAAGAUAUUUAUACUUUAUUGGUGAGAGAUACCGUAGAUUUACUAGAAAGUGAUGAGGUAAAAUUUCUGACAACACAAUGUAUAAAUAGAGGUUUUACACAGUUAGCUGAUCAAUUAUCUGAAUUUUUUAUAUCAAAUGGUGUGUCUUUAAAACAAGGACCAUCUUCUUCCAAGGACCAUCCUGAAGACUUUAUUUUGAAAAAACCCUUAGCUAAGCUUUUGCCAAUUAUUAAUGGAACAUUGUCCAAAAAUGCUUUUCCUGAAAAGUUUAUUCAACAAUUGGUCUCAAAUGAAAGAAUACAUAUUUUUGGAGCUAAUAUUUAUGAAAGUUUAUUAUAACUUUUUUUUAUUUUGAUUGGAAAUGGAUAUUUUAUUUUUAGUUAAUAAACUGUUCUGUUGAA